AUGCUAAGCCAUGGUUUUAAACUAUAUAGAAAACGCGAAUUACUUAUUUGAUAAGUAAAAAAGUGACAGUAUAACAGAAAGACAGUGCAGUAAUAGGCUACAGCAAGUUGUCACAUUUAUAGGAACCGCAGGCACAGGUGUACAGUAUAUUGAAUGUGCAAUAUACACCUGUAUAUCGAAAUUGUGCACUAAUAGCCUCAUUUAUUCUAAUAGAUGCAUUGUUUAGUCAUAUUCAAGGUCAUUCUGUCAAUAUUGCAUCCUUAAAUAGGUUAGAUAAGUUUAUUGUUGAAAUCCUAUACCGAUUUAUUCCGGAUUUAUGAAUCCCAUUCAGCAUAAACAAUAUAUUGUUGCGGAUGACGAUGGUCACAAUCAAUUUUAAGACAUUGCAUAGGCGACAGUUUGACAGGCCUUUUCCCAUCUUGUUUAAAAACAAGCGCUCUAGGCGGCGUUUGGCCAUCCUAACUGCGCCCCCUCCUCCUCCUCCUCAGUGACAUACAGCUCCCGUCCCAAACUUCAUCACAUGCUGCCUUCUAAACUACCAGAUCCACACAGAAACAACUGAAGUCAUCCGUACUUUACAGUUCGCCGAGAGAUCUUACAGGUGUUUUAAUGUCCCGUCGAGAAAGGCUUGCAUCGAAAUGGAGUUAUCCCAUAGACAGCGUUUGGGACAAGUCCUGAUUUUGGCUGCUGCACUUCUGUCACCUGCUUUCACGGUCCUGGGCAAUGACAUCCUUGGCCUGAAGGUGGCAGGAGAGCCAGUGCUUACCCCCAAUGCAGUGUGUUUACGACUGGCGGGCCUGAGCAAAAAACAGAUGCGUUUGUGUGUGCGCAGUCCUGAUGUCACAGCCUCUGCUCUGCAGGGCAUUCAGGUUGCUAUUCACGAAUGCCAGCACCAACUCAGAGACCAGCGCUGGAACUGCUCCUCCCUGGAGAACCAUGGCAAGCUGCCCCAUCAGAGUGCCAUUCUCAACAGGGGUUUCAGAGAAAGCGCCUUUUCGCUUUCUCUGCUCGCCGCAGGUGUAGUGCACUCGGUGGCUUCGGCUUGCAGCUUGGGUAAGUUGCAAGGGUGCGGCUGCGAGGCGAAGCGACGAGUUGAUGACGACAAAAUUCGUCUCAAGUUAACCCAGCUCCAACUUCAGACGUUUCAGAGGAGUGGGAUGACCAUAGCGGGUGCAGGGGAGAACACACCUGAAUUCCACAGUGGACUUCCAGGCAGUCUAGGCUCCUCCCACCCUGUCAGUCUUCUCAAACCUAUACCGGAUGAAGUCUCAACACUGCAAGAUACCUGGGAGUGGGGAGGCUGUAGUCAUGACGUCCGUUUCGGUGUACGAUUUUCCAGAGACUGGUUGGAUUCCAGAGGAUCUCCUCGUGAUAUACAUGCCCGUAUGCGGAUCCACAAUAAUAGAGUUGGCAGACAGGUAGUUACUGACAACAUGAGGAGAAAGUGCAAGUGCCAUGGCACAUCCGGCAGCUGCCAGUUCAAGACCUGCUGGUACGUCUCUCCUGAAUUUCGGCUCGUGGGAUCACUGCUGCGAGAGAAAUUCAUGACUGCCAUCUUCAUAAACUCUCAGAACAAGAACAACGGUGUGUUCAACUCUCGUGCUGGCGGAUCCACCGGCUCAGAGCAAAUCAGGAGCCGGCGGCGAAGCAUCACUCGAGAGUUGGUGUACUUCGAGAAGUCUCCCGACUUCUGCGAUCGCGAGCCGGCGGUGGAUUCGCUGGGCACGCAGGGUCGGAUCUGCAACAAGAGCAGCCCCGGCAUGGACGGCUGCGGGUCGCUGUGCUGCGGCCGUGGACACAACAUCCUCAAACAGGCACGCAGUGAACGAUGUAACUGUCGCUUUCAUUGGUGCUGCUAUGUGCUCUGUGACGAGUGCAGGGUGACAGAGUGGGUUAAUGUGUGCAAGUGAACAUGUCCAUUUCAUUUGGAGCAAGAUGCAGUAACCUGUACCCUGUCAUGCUCAAUGUGACCGCCUGUGUGUUUUGCUCUCCCACUGUGUCUGUUUAUUCGUUUUUCUCCUUUCUUUAACCUCGAUCAUCUGGGAUCUAUUUGCGUUGUGUUGCUGUUGUUAUUCUGAAAAUGCCAAGUCAGGGAUUGAAGAGGAGGUGACUCAUGUCAUUUGUCUUUUUUUCUCAUUUUGGAAUCUUCAGCCUGUAAAACCAAGCAAAUGCCUCAAAUGGCAUCUACGGUCCUUAAAUAAUCCGUCAGGACAGCAGGAACAAAUUAUUCAAUGCAAAAUACUGUAUAGGCAUUGCAUUGGUCAAUCCUUUAUACAUUCGGAAAAGUGCACUUAAUGUUCCUUGCCUUAGCAAUAAAUGUAAGAAGUUUUGGAUGAUGAAACAGCAGCUUAGUUGGGGUGAGUGUUGAGUAUCAAUGGCUGUGAUAAUAAGUUGCAUCGUCUCAAAACAUUUCAUAUAUAUAUAGGGAAGCAGCGCUUUUGGGAAGUCUGGAAAAAAUCUCGGCAAGGGAUGGAGAAUGUUCUUUGCUUAGUGCUCUGACUUUUGUUGGAUUUUAUGAAAACCAGGAAAAUCGAGAAGUUGAUAUGCUGCGUAACCCCAUCCUAACCCCCAUGGAGGCCGACCAAUCAGAGCGAGGAGACGGACAGCGAAGGAACGACUGGAGAACACUUGUGCCUCCUGUGGAUUUUUCGCAGCUGAUUAGAAACAGUCACAUCUCAUCUCAAAGAGGAACUGGUGAACAAUAUUGGAUGCCAGAUGCCUUUGAUGCGAUGAUGGAAGACAUUCAUACACUCAAGACCUACGUUAAAUUGUAUUUAAACAGCUGCCGUCGUACUUACAAUCAUAUUCAUCAAACCAAUGUUUAGGAUUUUUAACCUUUUAUCAUUCGUGCGGCAAUGCUUAGGAAAUCAAAUUAAUCAUAAAGAUAAAUUAACUUACAUUUAUUACCCCUUUUUAUCUUUUUGAAGAGUGUAGAGAAUGUAUUAUUGUAAUAUGUUGUACAAUUUCUAAGAAAGCCUUACUUUUUUGUAAAAAGAUUUCGUGCCUGGUUUAUUGUCUGUAUUAUUAAACUGGCUUUAGAACCAGGAAGACCAUCUAGAAUUAAGCUGGAAAAUAGAUUGGGGUAUUAAAUAUAAUUCUUCUCUUCUGGAGGUUUCUUAGUAUAACUGACCUCUCAUUAUGGGCAAGAGGGAUAUGGCUUUCUUAAAAGGUUUUAUAAGCCAUAUAGAGGAAGGAACCUGUCUUAGAGGGAUCAUCUGUCUAAAGUUGACAGCCUGUUAAGAUUGCACCAUGUGCUGCUGAGUUCUGUUUGUCCUCGUCUGUGACUUAACUAAACACAGAUAUGCUGUACUAAUACGUC